UGUCAUCCAAUUUGACCUAGGCAAGUUGAGUUUGGAUAUAAGGUCGGACAUUGCUAAUGGAUAAAGUUCCGUGCCAUUUCUUCUAUAUUCGCCCAUACUUCCUAGUAUUUAAAUUUGGUUUCUUCUCCAGUUCUUUUCUUGUGCUUAUACAAUUUCUCUAUAUUCGUUCGCAAUUGAGAGAAAUCUGUCGCCAUGAAAGUUCCAGCUUCAAGAGCUCAAGAAGAUGUGAAUGAAGAUGCGAAGAGCACGCAUUAUGAUUUGCCAGCGUUGGAUGUUUCCGUCGCAUUUCCUCAAGCAACUCCAGCUUCAGUCUUUCCUCCUAGCGUGUCGGAUUAUUAUCAGUUCGAUGAUCUAUUGACUGCUGAGGAGCAAGAUGUGAGGAAGAGAGUACGAGAGUGCAUGGAGAAAGAAGUAGCUCCGAUAAUGACAAAGUAUUGGGAGAAGGCAGAAUUUCCAUUCCAAGUGAUUCCGAAGCUUGGUGCGCUGCGAGUAGCCGGUGGCAGUAUCAAGGGCUAUGGUUGUCCCAACCUGUCCAUAACUGCAAAUGCCAUUGCUACAGCAGAAAUGGCAAGAGUUGAUGCCAGCUGUUAUACUUUCAUAUUGGUGCAUUCCUCGUUGGCAAUGCUGACAAUUGGACUUUGUGGAUCAGAAGCACAAAAGCAGAAAUAUCUUCCAUCUCUUGCAGAACUAAAGACAGUAGCAUGUUGGGGGCUAACUGAACCUGAUUAUGGUAGUGAUGCAAGUGCUCUGAGAACAAGUGCAAGAAAGGUCGAGGGUGGUUGGAUACUUGAUGGCCAAAAACGCUGGAUAGGGAACAGCACUUUUGCAGAUGUUUUAGUUAUUUUUGCUAGAAACACUUCCACAAAUCAGAUUAAUGGAUUCAUCGUGAAGAAGGAUGCUCCAGGCUUACAAGCAACCAAAAUAGAAAACAAAAUUGGCCUAAGAAUUGUACAAAACGGUGAUAUUUUACUGAAGAAAGUUUUUGUACCUGAUGAAGACAGGCUUUCUGGAGUUAAUUCAUUUCAAGAUAUAAGCAAGGUGCUUGCUGUUUCUCGCGUCAUGGUUGCUUGGCAGCCCAUUGGAAUAUCGAUGGGUGUGUAUGACAUGUGUCACCGGUACCUAAAGGAGAGGAAGCAAUUUGGUGCUCCGUUGGCAGCUUUCCAGAUCAACCAACAGAAACUAGUCCACAUGUUAGGUAAUAUCCAAGCAAUGUUUCUCAUUGGUUGGCGUCUGUGCAAGCUGUACGAGAGUGGUAAAAUGACUCCUGGUCAUGCUAGCCUGGGCAAGUCAUGGAUUUCCUUGAAGGCAAGGGAGACUGUUUCUCUUGGGCGGGAAUUACUUGGUGGCAAUGGGAUUUUAACCGAUUUUCUUGUUGCAAAGGCUUUCUGCGAUUUGGAGCCCAUAUACACAUAUGAAGGCACUUACGACAUCAACACCCUUGUAACCGGCAGAGAGAUCACCGGAAUCGCCAGUUUUAGGCCAGCUGCAUCGAGCAACAGGAGUCGUCUCUGAUACCGCCACUCCACGAGUUUGCUGUGUUCAGUUGCUUGCCUUCUGUGUUCAAUAAUGGGUAGUUGUUUUUAUUUUGUGUGCGUGUGUUGGCCAAGCGGUAGGUGGUUAAUACCCAAGGUCUGAGGCCUUGGGUUUGAGUCCACUGUGGUGCUGUAUUUAAAUUUUCUUUAUUUACUUGUGUAAUUUAUCAAAAAAAAAAAUGUCUGUAAUUCAAAUAGAAUUAGCAAACAAGUGUUCCAAUAAUUUAAGAAGCUCGACCAGCUACAUUCUUGUUAUCAUUAUCCAAUUGAACUUCUUAUAUUAAUAUUAUAGUGAUUAUUUAUUAGUA